AAGUGCUGUUGCUACAAAAACAACACAUCACAGAGACGAUUGUGCGAGAUUUGCAUCAGGAGCACUUCCACGUUGGUUAAAAUGGACUAUUAGCUAUCGUUCAUGAGAAGUAUUGGCCGGUCCAUGUAAAGCAGCUGAUUAAGAAGGUUGUUUCAGCAUGUGAGGUGUGUGCUCGACAGCGUCCGAAACCGGGUGUACAAUACAUGGACAAUCUUCCAGGAGCUCGAGUGAAUCCAUCGCAACCUUUCUCCAAGGUUGGAAUAGACUACGCUGCUCCGUUUAUGAUUAAGUUCGGAGGCCGAAGUACGAAGGUAUACAAGGGAUACGUUGUCGUGUUUGUUUGCUUGGUAGUAAAGGCUAUACACUUCGUGUUGGUUUCAAGUUUGUCGGCGAAUAAUUUUAUAGCAGCCCUGAAACGUUUUUAUAGCCGUCGUGGACUGCCGAGUGAUAUAUACAGUGACAAUGCAACUACCUUUGUUGGUGCAAACCAUGAGUUAGCAGCGCUCAAGCAACUUUUCGAAGACCAGCAGCAUGAUUUAAAGGUAAAGGAAUUCUGUAGUACUAAGGGCGUCCGCUGGCAUUUCAUUCCCCCAGAAGCCCACACUUUGGUGGAAUCUGGGAACCGGGUGUGAAAUCUAUGAAAUACCAUCUCAAGAGGGUUGUAGGUGAGACACGACUUACCUUUGAGGAAAUGAGCACCUUUCUUGCGCAAACGGAAGCCAUUCUCAAUUUGCGACAAUUGUGCCCAAUGUCAGAGGACCCCAGCGACUAUUCCGUUCUGACACCAUCCCAUUUCUUGAUCGGGCGCUCUGGUGUGGCUUUACCUAUGCCGUCUUAUGAUGAUGACCGGGUAGGGCGUCUCAGCAGGUAUCAGCAUCUCUAGCUGAUGAAUCAACAUUUUUGGAACAAAUGGUCGCGCGAAUACCUUCAUCAUGUGCAAGGCCGCCAAAAGUGGAACACGAAGGUUAACUCGAAUUUCAAGAUUGGUGCGAUGGUCUUGUUAGUGGAAGAAAACUUACUUACGCAACAAUGGAAACGAGGCCGCAUUGUUGCUGUACAUCCCGGCGAAGACAAUAUUGUUCGAGUGGUGACAGUUAAAACGGUAAACGGAGAGUAUAAACGAGGAGUAGCGAAUGUUGCUGUCGAAACGGGUGAAACGGUUGAAACUGAAUUAUCAACGGGGGCGUGAAUGAAUGAUGCAAAUGAGACCGUCUCUGCUCUCGGUGGAUUCACCAUGGACAGCAACGUAACCGACCGGACAACCCACCUAGUCACGCUGGAACCAAGGCGAACCAUCAACAUCCUGAGAGCACUGAUCCGUGGGCUUUGGAUCGUACGGUACGAAUGGAUCGAGCAAUCCGCCCGCGCGGGCACCUGGCUACCUGAGGAACAGUUCGAGGUGAGGGAUUUUACCGCUGCCGUCCAAAUUUGCCGGAGCGAGCGGCAAGCCUUUGGACCCCGAUAUCGCAUGGAACUGUUCGCCGACUGUGGUCCGUUUUACGUGUCACAGAGGUGCGAGGUACCACAGGAUCAACUGCGGGAACUGAUCAUCACGUGCAAAGGUAAAAUAACGGGAAAUGCACUCACUGCCAAGUAUCUGAUUGUGCAUUCCAAGCAGGAUUUGAAACAGGUUCCCAGUGGAGCUCUUUGCCUGAAUCAUCUCUGGCUGCUCGAUAGUAUCAGUGUUAAUAAGUUGAAGAAAACCAGCAAGUACUUGGUAAAAAAUUGACUGAUUUCAAAUACGUUUCCAGAAUAA